CAAAUUUUCUCUUUUACAGGCGCUGAAGGUCCGCAAGGACCUCCUGGAAUAGCCGGAGCACCAGGCUUUCCCGGACAAAAAGGUGAAGACGGACUACCAGGUCUGCCUGGUGUUGCUGGGUUGAAGGGUGAUGCAGGUCUCCCUGGAGCUCCAGGCCUUCCUGGAGCAGCCGGACAACCAGGAUUUCCAGGACAGAAAGGACAGGCAGGUCUUCCAGGGCUUGCAGGAGCAAAAGGUGAUGCGGGUCUACCGGGCUUACCAGGAGCCCCAGGAGCGAAAGGUGAACGUGGACAAGCUGGACUGCCAGGUCUGCCUGGAAUGAAGGGUGCGGCAGGCUUCCCAGGAGCACCUGGUAAAGACGGCGUCCCAGGCUAUCCAGGGGCGAAAGGAGAACGUGGUUUUAACGGUCUUCCUGGUGCGAAAGGAGAACCGGGACCGGCAGCUCGAGAUGGCGCGAAGGGCGAUGCAGGCUUACCUGGUGCGCCAGGCUUAAGAGGACCUCAAGGACCACCGGGAUUACCUGGAUUGCCAGGCAUGAAAGGCGAAGCAGGGCAACCAGGAUAUGGAGCGCCAGGACUACCUGGAGAAAAAGGUAUUCCAGGCUUACCUGGAAAGCCGGGACGGUCGGGAGCACCCGGACAGAAAGGUCUUGAUGGAGCCCCUGGUUUCCCCGGACUCAAAGGCGAUGCUGGUAUUCCGGGCGCCCCAGGACUUCCUGGACAAGAUGGACUACCUGGUCUGCCAGGACAAAAGGGUGAUGCAGGCUUCCCUGGACAGGCAGGAAUUCCCGGAGCACCUGGUUUGGUGGGAAAAAUGGGUGCACCUGGCAUUCGUGGCGAUAAAGGAAGUCCAGGACUGCCUGGAGCGCAUGGUGAACGAGGACUGGAUGGUUUUCCAGGUCAAAAAGGAGAACCAGGAUUUCCAGGAGCACCGGGUCCAGUGGGGCCACCUGGCCCUAAAGGUAAUGCUGGGGCUCCUGGCUUCCCUGGUGCAAAGGGUUUGCCAGGCUUUCCCGGAAAAGAUGGCCUGCCUGGUUUCCCAGGAGCCAAAGGUGAUGCUGGAGCGCCAGGACUCCCCGGACGAGAUGGGUUACCUGGAAUACCUGGACAGAAGGGUGAAGCUGGGCUUGCAGGAUUACCAGGUGUACCCGGUAUCGCACUUGCUGGGCCGAAAGGCAAUGCAGGAGCACCAGGUUUCCCUGGAAAAGAUGGGAUUCCUGGACUUCCAGGUUUGAAAGGUGAACCAGGGCAGCCUGGUUAUGCUGGAGCACCGGGUGUGAAAGGUGAAGCUGGAUUGCCAGGAUAUCCAGGAGCUAAAGGAGAACCAGGGCAAUCCGGCCUGCCUGGCCUAAGAGGAAAGGAUGGAGCUCCUGGAGCCCCAGGAAUUGCUGGAUUGCCAGGAAUACCAGGAGCAAAAGGAGAUGCAGGAUUACCAGGAGCACCUGGAGCACCAGGACUUGCUGGCUUACCGGGACUGAAAGGCGAGCCAGGUUUACCUGGAUUCCCAGGACAAAAAGGCGAAGCAGGCAUUCCGGGUCAACCAGGGCUCCCAGGAUUGCCGGGACUUAAAGGAGAUAGCGGUUUUCCUGGAGCACCCGGUCGAGAUGGAGCGCCGGGCAAAGUUGGAGAACCUGGACCGAUGGGACCUCCAGGUGCAGAGCCUCUGACACAACGUGGUGAGAAAGGUGAUCAAGGACCAAUGGGUGUUCCUGGAAUUCGAGGAGAAAAAGGACUUCCGGGUUUGGACGGCUUGCCAGGAGCAAAUGGGCCACCAGGACCACCAGGAGCGAAAGGUGCAGAUGGUUUCCCUGGCCAGCCUGGAUUGGCUGGUGAGAAGGGAGCACCAGGACUGCCAGGCUUUCCGGGCGUUGAGGGCACACCAGGACCACCAGGUCUGCCAGGGUCGGGUGGACCGCCAGGAGCACCAGGGCCAGCAUACAGAGACGGCUUCUUACUUGUGAAGCACAGUCAAACAACAGAUGUACCACAGUGUCCGCCAGGACAACAGAAGCUAUGGGACGGCUAUUCACUGUUGUACAUAGAAGGAAACGAAAAAUCACAUAAUCAAGAUCUAGGUAGGUACUCUUUUUAA